AUGGCGAGUGUCGAGGUUUCCGAUAUUGCGGCGCAGUCAGCGCAACUCCGUGCAGAACUAAAGGACUGGGAAAGAGCUUUCGCCGCGGCAAAUGAGGGAAGAAAAGCGGACCGGAGCGAUAUCAAGCAAGCGCCCGAGAUUGCGGCCAAGUAUAAGGAAUACUCUCGAUUGAAAUCGCUGGAGAAAUCAGUUCGAUACGAGAAGAAACACAAUCCCAAUUCGGUUAACUUGCAAGAGCGCCCCAAGAAACGCAAGCAUGCAUCACCCCCUGGAUCCCAUGAGGCCCGCCUUGAAUCCACGCCUCGCAAGGCGGCCAAAGGACUCUUCACGACCCCCUCCAAGCAGCGUGGGCAUCCAUCGGAAGUUGACCCCUAUGAUUCUCCGUCAGCCCUGCGCAGGCUGUUCAGCCCAUCGACGCAUCAACAGUCGUCACCAUUGAAGACAGCCAUUGGACCCACUCCUCAAAGAGAUGGAAAGGCACUCGGUCUUUUCGACCUACUAUCCGAAUCGGGCGGAAGUACAGCGACCCCAACGGCGGCAAGGCUGGCCAGUGUACGUGGAGCGGCGGCGCAGACCCCAUCGAAAAGAAGGACACUGGAUACCAUUGCGGAGGAAGAGGAAGAGGAAGAGGAAGACAGUCCACGAGGUGACCGGACACCUGCUUCCGCAAGCAAGAGUUAUAUGCUUUCAGCUUUAUUUGCGACACCGACAACAUGGCGUUACGCUACCAUGAUGGACAACCGGAACGAUGCGAUUCGCCGUGAACCUUCGCCUCAGCCGAGCGCUAACGACCCUGGCCGAGGAGCGCCGGAGUCAGAGACUCCAGCAUUCUUGCGACGAUCCAACUCGGCACGCUACGCUGCGUCAAAUCCCACGGGCGAAGGCCUGAGCCCAAUCAAUGUACGAAAAAGACCCCAGUUUGUAGGCAAAGGACUCUCUGCCUUAGUGCAAGGACUACGAGAUAUGGAAGAAGAACGUCUGGAGGAUGAGUUAGACGUACUCCGCGAGAUAGAGGCAGAACAAGCCGGCCUAAAUGCGGAAGCGAUUGAUAGUCAGACUGCCGACCAGGAUCCGGGACCAACGUUUAAGAAGAAAGGGCAAAAGCGAACGACACGCAGGGUUCGCAUGAAGCCGGUGGUGUUCAAGCCAAAACGUGAGUCACAGUUACCAGUGUCAGAUGAUGAAGAUGUUACCGAUAAUGUGGAUGAUGAGCUGGCGGCGGUGCCAGAAACGCAGCAGCCAGGUGCCACUGGCGACGAGACCCAUGAUGUUCCAGAUGCUGCUUCGCUGCAUUCAAUAUCAGAGGCGGAGCUUGAUUCUGGUUCUGAUUCCGAUUACGAGGAGCAAUCUAAGCCCCCCGCUAGAAGCAAAAGUUUUUCGGAAAGGAUAAGGGAUGCCAUCGGGGCUGUAGAGCCGCCACCAACAGAGAAACGGGAGAAACCUCAGCCUCAAGUGAAAGAGAGACAAACCAAGCCUCGCGAGAGGAAGGUUAAUCCCGAGGCGCAUGCAAAUUACCGGUCACUGAAGCUUAGAAAUAAGAACUCGAAAGGCAGAGGCGCAGGGCGCUUCGGUAGGAGACGAUAA